AUGGCAGAAAACAUCACCAGACAGCAAAUUAAAGACAUCAAUUCAGCUUUGGCGUACUCAAUCGCCUAUGAGUCCAAAGACAAAGGUGAUAUUGAGCAAAUAGCCCUGUUCUGCCGAUAUGAAGAGCAUAUAAGAGCAAUUCAGGCAGAGAAGGACGGUUUGAGUGCAGUGGAUCAUCCGUACAUUGCUCUUCUCAAGGAGUCAUUUGAAGAAAAUGAUAAAACAUACAUUGUAACUGAGUACUGUGAAGGAGGAGAUCUAGCAAAGAAGAUUGAAGAACAAAAUGGACACCCCUUUCCGGAGGACAAGAUUCUUGACUGGUUUGUGCAGAUCUGCUUGGCCCUUAAGAACAUCCAUGAGAAAAACAUUCUUCACAGAGACAUCAAGCCUCAUAACAUCUUUUUGACUGGAGAAGGGUACAUCAGUCUAGGAGACUUCGGAAGUUCAAGAGUCUUGGACAUAUCUGAACUUUAUGCCAGUAAAAAAACAGGGUCAUUCUUCUAUAUGUCACCAGAGAUUAUGGAGAAAAGGCCUUACAAUAACAAAAGUGACCUCUGGUCCUUGGCAUGGGUUCUCCAUGACCUCUGCAUGCCAGAAAUUUUUUCCAGUGCCACAAAACGUCUUAUCAAAUUUGCUGCAAGCUUAGAGGGCUCCCCCCCAUCUGUCUCUGCUCAUUACUCUAGUGAUCUGGAAUCACUUAUCAGAGAGCUACUGAGUGUGAAUCCUGAAGACAGACCUUCAGUGGAUGAAAUAUUGGCAAAACCAUUCCUGUCAAAUAUAGUUCGGAAAAACCAAAGGGUACCCGAGAAGGUAGAAAGCAAGCUCUGCGAAAGUGCCGAGAGUUUAAUCCCACUCUAUAAUGAUCAUUUUGAGGAUCUUGAGUCACUCGUGAGAAAGUGGAAGGAGCUAACUGACAAUCUGGAAACCUUUCAUCGAGGUGCUACUAUUGGCAGUCUUUCAGGAGGAGUAAGUGGUGCAGUAGGAGGUAUCAUGACUAUUGUGGGAGCUGCCUUAGCCCCCUUCACCCUUGGUGCCUCUCUGAUUGUGACAGGAGUGGGCAUUGGACUGGCGGCAGUUGGUGGAGUGACAGGUGCUGCCUCAAAUAUUACAAAUGUGGCCAAACAGAAGACACUCCGGUCAAGUAUAGAAGACAUACAGAAAGAAAUUAGGGAGAAGAGUGAGCCCAUUGUCAAAUGUCUGGGAGAAUUAAAGAAGUACCUCAAAAAAGUUCAGAGGUUUGGAACUUUUGCACAGACACAAGCUAAAGAGAUUCCCAUAUUUGACAAUGUUCUUGUUGGAGCCAGAGCAGGGAGAAAUGUAGCUUGGAUGGGACAUUUGGCUGAAUUAAUAAACAUUGCCAACAUUGCUGGUGAGGCUGUGAGGGCAGUUCGUGUAGCAACAAUAGUGACAGGAGCAAUCUUUCUCCUGCUCGAUGUCAUUUUCAUUUAUAGAGAUGCCAGAGAAAUCCAUGAAAUGAAUAACAAGAAAGAUGCCAGAGAUGAUGAGAUAAAAUCAAACAUACUAAAGGCCAUUAAUGAGAUGAGGAAGGCACAAGAAGAAUACAACACCUUCUUAAAACGGUUCAAAGAGGCAAAGGAGGACCUGGAGAAAUAUCUGCUGUGUCAAUAA